AUGUCUAUAGCCGAGUAUGAGGCUAAAUUCACUGAACUAGCUCGAUUUGCUCCUCAUAUGAUAGAUACGGACUACAAGAAAGCUCAGAAAUUUGAAGGUGGAUUAGAUUUAGAUAUAUUUAAUCGGGUAGGUGUCCUAAAAUUACCUACGUAUGUGGAUGUGCUAGAUAGGGCAUUGAUGGUAGAAGCCAAUCUGGCAGCAAAGAAACAAUUUAAAGUGCCAAUAACAGAAUGGAAAGGUAAAAGGUCUGGGUACGGUUUUAGGAAGGGUCGUUCUUUUGUAAACAAGAAGCAGAACACGGGGUCUACAAGUAGUUCAAGGCAGAGCAGUAGGUCCAUACCAGUUUGUCCUGAAUGUGGAAGGAAACAUCAGCGUGUGUGUUGCCGUGCAUCUAAUGCUUAUUUCCGAUGCGGCAAGAUGGGUCAUGUAGUGAGAGAUUGCCUACUUAGAUCUAAAAAUGCCGAUUGUCUGGCAGCAAGUUCAGCCGAAUCUGCUUCUACAGCUAGAACAAAUACGAGAGCUAACACCGGGAAAGAAACCUUGAGACAAGACCAAGUUUUUGCAUUAGUGCCUGGUGACGUACAGAACACUGAAGCUGUGGUGUCAGGCUCUAUGGUAUGUACGUAUGUUUAUCCGGCAUGUGACAUUGUGAUUGGUGGCAUGACAUUAUAUAUUGAUUUAUUGCCUUUGGGGAUUGAUCAUUUUGACUACAUAUUGGGUAUAAACUGGUUAACAAAGUACUGCGCAUCUAUUGAUUGUGUGAAUAAAUCUGUUGUAUUUCGUCCACCUGAGUUAGCAGAGCUUAUGUUUGCCGGGAAUGGGGGGACUUAA